AUGAAUAAAUUUAUUCAAGAUAAAAACUACCAAUCAUCAUAACUUGAAGAAAUUACAUCAUUAAUAUAUAAAAUAACAGAUAGACAGUCCAAAUUUGCAGACCUUCACAAUUAAGUUGAGGAAAGCAUCUAGAAAAUUAUUAAUGUGAGUUAGAAAUAAUUUGAAAAAGUAAUGAAAAAAAAACAGAAAGAAGAUAGAUAAAUUGCAUAAGAUCAUGAUGAAAGAAUAAAAAUAAUUCAAUAGGAAUAUCAGAUUUCUUAAAAUAACUUAAUUUCAUAGUUAUGUUAAAGUAAAUCAGAAUAUUUACAGAUUCUAGAAUCACUAUAUUAUGAAUAUUAAUAGUUUAUAGCAUUUUUUGAUCAUGAUUAAUAGGCUGAAAAUAAUAAUUAUAUUAUGAUCAUCUAUGAAAUAUUAACAGAUAGUUAAGUAUUUCAUGAUGAUUAAAGAAUGAAUGAAACACUUCUAACUGAAUAUUUAACUUAACAUAAAGGGAAUAAAAUUUAAUCCCUUCAUACUUCACUUAAAAUGAUAAUUUUUUAAUUACAAAAAAUAGAAGAAAACUUUAAAUUUUCAAAAAACAAUACCAAAAAAGAAUAAUAUUUACAAUAACUUAAUGAAAGGUUGAAAUAAUUUAUUGAAAAUCUUAAAUAUGGUUUAAGUAAAUUGGAUAUGCUUUUAUAAGAAAUACAAGAAUAUAAUGAAGCUCAAAAAGAAUAAGAUACUAGAAUUCAAGCUAAUCUCAGUUUAAUCAAUUCAAUUUUGAAAGGUCAUUAAGAUAAAAAAAUUGCUGAAUAUGAAGAUUUCAAAAAAACAAAUGAAAAUUUGAUUAAAAUAAUCAAUCGACUUUAAGAAAUUAAUUACAAACUUAAAUUAUAAUAAAAACAGAAUUAUGAAGAUGUUUCAUAAUUAAUGGAAUUAUAUUACAUUUAGAAUGAUAAAGCACCAUCUCUUUAACCUUUAUAAAGAAAAAGUACUAUCAAAAUAAUAAAACCCAUAUCUUAUUAAAGAUCAAGAAUUUAUUCAGAGACAAAAAAAGAAGUUCAUUUUGAUUUAUCAUCUCGAACUUCUAUAAAAGAGACAAAUCUUGAAUCAUAAAUUCUUUAUCAAUCUCCACUUAUAAUUCAACCUUAAAUAAUCACUUAACCUACAAUAUCCGAUGUAUCUCUCUUUACUUCUGGAUAAAGUCUCAACAAAUUGAAAACAUAAAAAUAUUCUGAUAAAUAAUGGACUUCAAAGCAUCCAACUAAUGUGGAUAAAAAGACUGCUAUACCAAUUAAAUGUUAAUGUCCACCUUAAUGUUCAUGUCAAGCUUUAUUAAUUAUUUAGGUUCAUACAUGUAACAAACAAUUAUAUAUCAAUUCAAUAGGUUAACUAUUAUGUUAAUAAUGUUUUUUCACUUAAAACAUUUAGGAUUAUAAUUUCUAUUGUCCUCAUACAAGAACAAAAAACAAAUUUAAAAGUAGUAAGGAUUUCUUAGAAGCAUUUUGGUAACAUAUAAAAACAUUAACAAUGAAUUAAUAAAUAGUUGAUUUUUGGAAUAAUUUAUAAUUAAGUUGUUAAUAGAUGUUUUAGAUUAAUCCAUUUUCUUAUCCUGAAAUCCAAAAUCAUAUUAAUUUUAUUGGAUUCUGUCCUGCUUAAUGCAAAUGUAAUCAUAAAUAGAGUAGAUAACAAUAUCACUUAUGCUAAAACUAUCUUUAUAUUUCAUCUGAUGGUUUAAUUCAUUGUAAAAAAUGUAAUUUUUAUGGGGAUCCAAAGUAGUACUUUUACUAUUGUCCAGAAACAAAAACAUUCAAUAUUUAUAGAAGUGGAGAAGAAUUUAUAUAGUCUUUGGAUUUCAUUCAUGAUGCAGGAAAUUAAUAAUAGUUUCUUAGAUAAUUACGAUUAAAAAUUCCUUCUGUUUUAUGGGAAUGA